AAUAACAGCAUAUCCUGGGCCCCCAGACAUGGCCUUUCAAAUUCACAAUAAAGAACAUUUAACACUCUGCUCCAACGGCUAAUAAUAACCGUGGGUCCCUUCUAUUACAUCAGCGGUCCAGAUCUCUUAAUCUAUAAAUACAGAUGCACAGAAGUUAGCUUUUAUCUUCACUUACUCACUUAGUCUUGUCUAAACCCUUCUUUCUCUCAACUAAUUUCUUAAUUAUGGAUCUCAAAUUUCUCUUAACGGUUACACUAAUCGUCACUUUCUUCGCCGGUGACGUUGAUGGCCAAUCUCCGGCAGUUUCUCCGACCAGUUCUCCUUCUAUAUCUCCUCCUCAAAAGCCUAUAUCCACAGCUCCCGCCAUUUCUCCUGCUUCUCUGUCGCCGAUAUCAACAGCUCCCGCCAUUUCUACUGCCUCUCCGUCGCCGAUAUCCACAGCUCCCGCCAUUUCUCCUGCUUCUCCGUCGCCCAUAUCUACAGCUCCCGCCAUUUCUACUGCCUCUCCGUCGCCGAUAUCCACAGCUCCCGCCAUUUCUCCUGCCUCUCCGUCGCCGAUAUCCACAGCUCCCGCCAUUUCUCCUGCUUCUCCGUCGCCGAUAUCCACUCCCACAGCAGCUCCGGCGAGGGCUCCAGCAGCAAGCCCUUCCAUCAAGGCUCCUAAAUCCUCUGCUUUGGCUCCCGCGAAGACUCCAGCAGCUUCCCCUUCCUCCAUUGAGGCUCCUUCCUCUUCCGUGCCAAUGACGUCUCCUCCUUCUCAAACACCUGAGCCCUCUCCUACACCUAAGGUCUCUCCACCGGCUCUUUCACCGGAGGCUGAUUCUACUCCAACCCCUUCACCGGAAACUGAUUCUCCUUCGGCUCCAGUGGCUGCGCCGUCAGCCCAUGCCCCGGCUCCAGCUCCGAGCAAACAUAAGAAGACUAAAAAGACAAAGAAGCACAAGAACGCGCCGGCUCCAGCUCCAGCUCCUGAGCUUCUAAGCCCGCCUGAACCGUCCGCGGAAGCUCCUGGACCAAGUGAUGCUUUCGCUCCCGAUACCACCGACGAUCAGAGUGGUGUAGAAAGAACAACUGUGAUGCCAAAUGUGGUUGUGGGAGCUGUGGCAACAACGGCAUGGGCUCUUCUCGCGCUGGCCUACUAAUAAAUUUUUGGUUUAUUAUGCUUUUAUGUUUCAACAGCUCUCUUGAUUUUUUUUCUAAAUAUGUUUUACCUAGCUGCUCACAUAAUUUAUCAGCAUUUGAUAUACAAUUUGGGUUUUUACGUGUACAAAUAAAUCCAUUUUCCUUUUUCGUGUGUAUCAAUCUUUAACAAUUUAGAUAUCCGGAUAAAAUCUAUAUCUUUAAUU